AUGGGGCUCGGUACCAUAGGGUCCUCUUGCUGCUACCUUCUGAGGGCACUUGAUCUCUUGAGACAACUCUUUCCAACUUCCUCGACACCAUGCACAAUUGCUAGCAAAGAAGCAAUUAGCAACAUGCUGGAAUGCCCAUGCUCGCAUGACGGCUAUUUGCUCGCUAUCAUGUCACUCGUCGUUUUUGAGGUUGUGGAUAAUGGCGGCCAGGGGUUCAUGAAAUCAAAUAGUCUGGGGAGUCCAUCCCUCCAUUCUGAGCAAGUGCGACAAUGCCCCACCGUGCUCGUUCUUAGUGAAUUAAAUCGUGUACAGCGGCUUGUCAACCAGUUGUCGGAGAAAUUGAAAACAAAGGCUUUGCAGGACGGGGGCAUGGACACCCCUAAUAGUGCUGCAGGCGGCCAAAUUGCACUUUUUAACAACGAAUUAACCUCACCAUUUUCUACCGUCAUGCUGGAUCAAUUAGGGACGGACCUCCGCAAACGUCUUUGUGGACUAUCGUUGGAGAUUGUCGAAAUGCUACGGCCGUUGAGGGUUAUUGGGAGCCAUAGUCAUGAUAUGUUUCGCAGGUGGGCGCUUCGGGAAACGAAAUUCAAUUUCCAUGCGUACUUCACUACUAUAUCACACACUUAG